CGAUUCCUUCCUUCCGCCCUCUUUAGCCUCUUUUGUCGCAAAAGGACGACGUCACCCUCUCCAAAAAGCCCCAUCCCAGAGCUGACCCUCCAAACCAAACCCCCAACACCCAACCCCACAGCAUCAUCCAUCCAACCGCCCCAACAUCAAGAACUAUGUUCAACACAAACGCAAAAUCAGGCCACAGGCGAACUCGCACGAAAGCGACAUUCGCUGCCUCAAAAAAGACAGAGGCUGCUCCAGAAGAGGAUACGCCCACGGUCAGGCAGAGAAUCGCAGAGGCGAGAAAGACGGGUGUACUGGACUUGAGGAGUCUCAAUCUGGGGAAAUUGCCGGUGGCCGCCGAGAAACUGAGUGAUCUGCUUGCUUUACUGAUCGGCCAGAAUCGGCUAACAUCCCUCCCCAACGGCCUCUCCACCCUCUUCCCCCGCCUGACCUACCUCGACGCCUCCGCCAACAAAAUCACCAGCAUCCCCUCCAGCAUCUCCGACCUCGACGACCUCGAGAUCCUCGACCUCGAAGACAACCCCGACAUCCCGCGCCAACUCCCCGCCUCUGUGCGCGCCUUGGUUGAAAUGGGCCGUCUGGCAGUCCUCACCGGCUCACCCUCCGUCACCGCCGAAGACGUCGAAGCCGGCGCCGAGGGGGAUGACACCAACGAUGACUCGGAGCUUUUCGAAUCCGAUGACGCCGGCACCGAAGAGAAAGGUACAGCCUGGCGUAAAGAAUACUACGACACCGACGACGAAGCCGAGGGCGAAGACGGGGGCUACUCUGACGAAGACGGGAGCGAAGACGCCGACAAUGCAUCCGAUAUCGCGGACAACCUCUCCGACCUCUCCCUCGAAUCCGUCGACGCGCCGCCUCCCCUCGCGGUAGACUCCCUCACCACCGAAUUCGCGCUGUUCACACACCGUGUCGAGGCACUGGAGAAUUCCACUAUCGAGAAUAAGUUGAAACGCGCGUGGAGGGCCGGCGACGCGAUCUUGGUACGAUACGUCGCGAAACGGUACGCGGCCGAUGCCGGGAAGGAGGUUACGCGCGGGGUCGUUGGCGGGAAAUCGGGACGGUCGUCGAGGCAGGUGUCGGAUGAGGAUGAUAACGCCGAGGAAGGGGGGAAACCGGUCAAGCCGUUGAGGGAUCGGAAUGCGAAGCGGCAGAUGGAGUAUGCGAGGAAGGAUAAGGAAAGGGCGGUCAAGAGGGAUGUGCAGGCGGGGAGGAGGAGUAAGGCGGGGGCGAUGCUUGAUGAUUGAUUUGAGACAGUGAGGGAAAGUUGUCUUUCUCACUUUGUCUUGCAUAUCUGUUUAUAAUCCCUGCGCUAAUCCCCCCCCCCCCCCC